GCGUGAGAUUGAGAUUUGCUCUAGGGUUUCUGUGGAAUUCAUUUUUGUUUCAUUUUUGAAAAUUAGUUCUCUGGGCUUGGUUUAGAUGAGUUCCUUGUGGGGUUUAUGUGCAUUAAUUUCUGUUUGAUUAAUUUGAUUUUGGUUUGCUUGUUUUCACGGAUUUUCGCGUCCUUUGAUUCAAAAGAGGGAUAUCUGUUAUUUGUUUGAUAUAUGGGAUUUGGGUCUUCGUUUAUGGUUGUUUUAUAUGAAUAAAUGGUUUUUCUUUAACGUAGGUAAUUCGAAAGUCUUAUUUGAAGAGAAGGAAUUGGGAUUUGGGGCCGUGAGACUUGAGGGAUAUAUUUACUUUAUUUUUUGAGGAGAGAGAUAAAGAAAAAUUUGCAAAGAUGAUGUCAAGAUCUUAUACCAAUCUUUUGGAGCUAGCGUCUGGGAAUUUCCCAGUAAUGGGUAGGGAGAAGGAGCGGAAGCGAUUCCCCAGGGUAAUGACAGUCCCAGGGAAUAUUGUUGAACUAGAUGAUGAGCAAGCUAAUAGUGUUACAUCUGAAAACCCCUCUUCAGUUGCUGGUGAUCGAAUGAUCAUUGUCUCAAACCUUUUGCCCUUGAAAGCAAAACGAAGGCCAGACAAUAAAGGGUGGAGUUUUAGUUGGAAUGAGGAUUCAUUGAUCUUGCGGGUGAAGGAUGGAUUUCCAGAGGACAUGGAGGUACUUUAUGUUGGGUCGUUACCGGUUGAUGUCGACCCAAUUGAACAGGAUGAUGUGGCCAAUUAUCUUUUGGAGAAAUUCAAAUGUGUCCCUGCCUUUCUGCCCCCUAAUCUUUUGGCAAAGUAUUAUCAUGGAUUUUGCAAGAAGCAGUUAUGGCCACUUUUCCAUUACAUGUUACCAUUUUCAGCUGAUCAUGGGGGUAGAUUUGAUCGGUCAAUGUGGGAAGCAUAUGUGUCUGCCAAUAAGUUGUUCUCGCAGAAAGUGAUUGAGGUACUUAAUCCUGAGGAUGAUUUUGUCUGGAUACAUGAUUAUCAUUUGAUGGUCUUGCCCACGUUUUUGAGGAGGCGCUUUGUGCGCUUAAGAAUGGGUUUCUUUCUUCACAGUCCAUUUCCGUCAUCUGAGAUAUAUAGAUCACUUCCUGUUAGAGAAGAAAUCCUCAAGGCCCUACUCAACUCUGACCUCAUUGGUUUUCACACUUUUGAUUACGCUCGGCAUUUCCUCUCCUGCUGCAGUCGGAUGUUGGGUCUGGAAUAUCAGUCAAAACGAGGAUACAUAGGGUUGGAUUAUUAUGGAAGGACAGUGGGAAUAAAGAUUAUGCCAGUUGGGAUACAUAUGGGCCACAUCGAGUCGGUGAUUAGACAAGCAGAUAAAGACUUGAAGGUUGAGGAGCUGAGGCGGCAAUUUGAAGGUAAGACAGUGUUGCUUGGAGUUGAUGAUAUGGACAUAUUCAAAGGUAUCAACCUAAAGCUUUUGGCUAUGGAGCAGAUGCUCAAGCAGCAUCCAAAUUGGCAAGGAAGGGCUGUGCUGGUGCAGAUUGCAAAUCCUUCUAGAGGCAAAGGAAUAGAUUUGGAGGAGAUACAAAAUGAAAUAGAAGAGAGCUGCAAGAGAAUCAACAAGGAACUUGGGAGGCCUGGAUAUGAACCUAUAGUUUUUAUUCACCGUCCUGUAUCAAUCAGUGAAAGAAUGGCUUAUUACAGCAUUGCUGAAUGCGUUGUAGUGACAGCAGUGAGGGAUGGAAUGAACUUGACUCCUUAUGAGUACAUUGUCUGCAGACAAGGAAUAUCUGGUGCAGAAGCCGGGUCAGAGUGGAGCGGACCUAAGAAGAGCAUGCUAGUGGUGUCUGAAUUCAUUGGGUGCUCUCCAUCCCUAAGUGGUGCUAUUCGUGUAAACCCAUGGAAUGUUGAAGCAACUGCUGAGGCAAUGAAUGAGUCCAUAUCAAUGGCCGACACAGAGAAGGAGUUGCGACAUGAGAAGCACUACCGUUAUGUUAGUACCCAUGAUGUAGCUUUUUGGUCUAGAAGUUUCUUACAAGAUAUGGAAAGGACUUGUGCCGAUCAUUUCAGGAAAAGAUGUUGGGGAAUUGGUCUUGGCUUUGGGUUCCGGGUUGUGGCACUUGAUCCUAAUUUUAGAAAGCUGUCCAUAGAUGAUAUUGUGGCUGCGUACUCAAGGGCCAAAAGCAGGGCUAUACUGUUGGACUAUGAUGGGACAUUGAUGCCUCAAAAUUUAAUUAUUAAGACUCCGAGUGCCCAAGUUCUCUCUCUCUUGAACCGUCUCUGUGCAGAUCCCAAAAAUUUAGUUUUUAUGGUCAGUGGAAGAGGGAGGGAUAGCUUAAGCAGGUGGUUUCUUCCCUGCAAGAAACUGGGACUUGCUGCGGAACAUGGUUACUUCUUAAGGUGGCCACAACAUGAAGAAUGGGAAACAUAUGGCCAGGGUUCUGAAUUUGGUUGGAUGCAGAUGGCAGAACCAGUAAUGAAAUCAUAUACCGAGGCCACUGAUGGUUCUGGAAUUGAGAGAAAGGAAAGUGCUUUAGUUUGGCAUUACCAUGAUGCAGACCCUGGAUUUGGUUUUUCUCAAGCGAAGGAAAUGUUGGAUCAUUUAGAGAGUGUUUUAGCAAAUGAACCUGUUGCUGUGAAGAGCGGGCAGUUUAUUGUAGAAGUCAAGCCUCAGGGUGUUAGCAAAGGCAUAGUCGCAGAGAAGGUUUUCACAUCCAUGACAGAGACUGGGAAACAGGCUGACUUUGUGCUCUGCAUUGGUGAUGACAGAUCUGAUGAGGAUAUGUUUGAACUAAUUGGUACUGCAGUGUCUAGACGCAUUCUUUCUUACAACACCGAGGUGUUCGCUUGCACUGUUGGGCAAAAACCAAGCAAAGCUAAGUACUAUUUAGACGACUCAUCCGAAGUGGUAGCAAUGCUCGAGUCUCUAGCUGAAGCCACUGAUUCUCCAGUCUCAUCUGAUGAGGAAGCAGAUAGUUCCCCAAGGAAAAUUGCUUAUGUUUCUUCUUUUGUUUGAAUUUGCCUACUUCUCUGAAUGGGGAGCACCCUGAUUUGCUAAUGAUAUCUUUGCUUAUAUGGAUUGUUAGGUUUAGGUACUAGAGAAUGGAAAUGAUGUAAUUUUCUUCUUCUUCUUUUUUUGUUUUUUUUUUUCUCUUAUUCUUAUCUCAUCCUUGCUCGUUAGCCUUAGGCCUGGGUGAAGUUUGCAUUGAACUUAUUAGUCGAGAUUCUUUGGGGGAACGUAGUACAAAUGGAGGUGGAAGAAGUUGAGAACUCGUUUUUCAUGUGCAUUACUAAGGACCAUCUAAGUGAGGCUGUUCCUGAAGGACAGAUAUAUGCAGUGAAUCGGACAACUCUGAUGAUCCGAUUUGGACUUGACAAAGGAAAUGACUUCUCAUUGAACUCUUGGCGUCAUCUUUCUCCAGCAGAAAAGACAGGAGAACAAUUUCUGGAAGAAGCUUCUCUGGUUGCUGGUGCUGUAAUGUUUAUGGCCAGUGCAUUAGAUUUAAAUUUCUUGAAGUGUCAACAGAAUUGAUGCAUGACACGUUCAUUGAGCAAAAGAAGAGGUAUCAUCGUCAAUGGUCCUUGAAGUGAUUGGUUACAAGAGAUCGAGUUUGUGGCCACUUAAAACUUGUAGAUCGGCACAGUUCACUUUGCUCAGUUCCCCUGUACAGGUUGGCUUGGGCUGCUUUUUCUGUUUUCUUUGUUUUCCUUGUGGCAGUCCCCAUUAAAGUAAUGUGAAUAUGGGUGGAUAAUGGCAAUAUUUCUUUGGCAGAUGCAUGCUCCCGUCGAAUGUGACAAGUGAUAAUAUUUUUUACCUUGAUUUUUGUUCAUUUCCAGAUACUA